GAUCAGACCCUUUUCUUAUCGCUCCGAAUAGCUCGUGCCAUAUUGGUGACCCCGUAUGCUUCUAGUGUGAAUAUUCGAAAAUAUUCAUAGUUCUUUCCGUAAAUAAUCGAAUUCGUGUUUUUUAAACGAAAUGGAAUAUUCGGACGGUGUUAAACCCGCGACGGUGACUGAAAAUGCGAAUGACUCGAGUGAUAGAGUGGAAGCCAUUUCGACACCACGGCUUAACCCACCAUGUAUGUCUGAUGCGAAUAUAGAAUCCUAUUUCUUAUCGCUAGAGUUUUGGUUUGCGGCCAGCGGAAUUGGGUCGGCACACGACACGAGACGAUAUAAUAUCGUCAUGGCCCAAGUUCCGCCAGAGAAAUUAAAUGACCUUCGUACUAUCAUCGAAACAGUGCCUGUUGUCGAUAAAUACCAAUUCAUCAAAGCUAAACUCAUCGCCCAUUUUGCCGACAGCCAACAGAAGAGGCUGCAACGCGUUCUUUCUGAUAUGCCACUGGGAGAUUUGAGACCAAGUCAACUUUUUAACGACAUGCGUCGCGCUGCGGGUUCUGCGCUAUCCGAACAAGUUUUGCUCGAUCUCUGGGCUACGAGAUUACCUCCUUACAUCCAAGCUGCAGUGAUUGCUUCUCAAGGCAGUGCGAAUGAGAAGCUCCGUAUCGCAGACGCUAUCCUCGAGUCUAUGGGUUUGCGUAAUAUAAGCGCCAUAGAUUCGACCGCCGGACCCUCCAAUAUAGCUCCCGUCACAACUAAAGAACCCAGCAUCGCAUCGCUUCAGCUCGAAAUUGCACAGUUGACUAAAAAAUUCGAGCAAGCUUUCUCGACACGAUCCCGAUCUCGAUCUCGUAACCGUUCGAGAUUCACAUACCGACAAACAGAACCAUCCGAUGAUGUGUGUUGGUACCAUCGAAAAUUUGGCCGUGAUGCACGCAUCUGUCGACAACCGUGUUCGUUCGGCAGAUCCUCAACAACAUCAUCUACAAAUCAAUGACGCCUUCAAGCUGAUGCUGUGUCGUCCGGCGGUGAAGUUGCCGACACAGCCAAAAUCUUUCGGUUAAAAAUUGCGGAUUCAUCUUCGAGAAUGAAAUUUCUGAUCGACACUGGAGCUGAUGUGUCUGUUAUACCGAAAGAUUUUAAAUCAGCUGCCCUUAAACCAACAACUUUAAAACUAUUUGCCGCCAACGGAUCUCCAAUUCAAGUUUAUGGAGAAGCUCUUCUCAAAGUCAAUCUCGGACUACGACGUGAGUUCCUUUGGAACUUCCUCAUAGCUGACGUUACAUCUGGCAUAAUAGGAGCCGAUUUUAUAUGCCACUACGAUUUGCUGAUCGACCUAAAGCGUAAAAGGUUGAUAGACAACACAACACAGCUUGAGUCAUCUGGAUUCUUGGAAAAAACUAAGUUUCCGUCAAUCACCAGAAUCGCACCACCAGGA